UUUAAUUUGCAAUUGCUUUAGUUAAUUAUUUUAAUUAUAGCUUUUUUUAUAUUAAUUUUUAUUUUAAGAAAAGAAUUUAUUCGUCACAAAAAUAAGAUAUAUUGCUAAUGGUGAGAAAGAAAUAUAAUAAAAAUACAAAUUGGGAGCAGCAAAAAUUUUUUUCGUUGGCUAAGUAUCAAGGAGAAUCUGAAAAGGAAACAUAGCUGAUCCCCAAUUUUAGGCUGAAAAACUUGGCAUUGUCAUGGUAUUGCCAAUCUAUUUAGUACUGUUAAGAAGUUAGUUGUCACUUUCAAUAUAUGAGGUUUUCAAAUGUUAAAGUGUUUUCGAUUCUUAUUUUUUGGUUAAUAAUUGCAUCAGAAAGCAGAACUGUACUUGAAAAUUGAAUAAAUUUUUUUUGAAGAAUAUGUUAUAAUUUGAAAUAUACAUUAUGGUGAAGACAUUGUCGAAAGAAAAUAUUUGCCGUGUCCCGGAACACAUAAACUUUCCAUUGGAGGAAGAAAAUAUUUUAAGCUAUUGGAAAUCCGAACAAAUAUUCGAAAAUUGUUUGAAAUUAUCAAAAGGAAAACCAAGAUAUACAUUUUAUGAUGGGCCGCCCUUUGCCACCGGUUUGCCACAUUACGGUCAUAUAUUAGCUGGGACAAUAAAAGACGUAGUAACCCGUUACGCUUAUCAACAAGGAUACCAUGUAGAUAGGCGUUUCGGUUGGGAUUGCCAUGGUUUACCUGUGGAAUAUGAAAUCGAUAAAACUUUGGGAAUUAAAGGACCUGAAGAUGUUGCUAAAAUGGGGAUUGCAGCCUAUAACGGCGAAUGUCGCAAAAUAGUCAUGAGAUAUGCGAAGGAAUGGGAAGAAAUAAUUGGUAGAAUGGGAAGGUGGAUUGAUUUUAAAAAUGAUUAUAAAACAUUAUACCCCUGGUAUAUGGAAACGAUUUGGUGGGUAUUUAAGCAACUGUACGAAAAAGGGUUUGUUUACCAAGGUGUUAAAGUUAUGCCAUAUUCAACGGCGUGUACAACUGCGUUAUCUAAUUUUGAAUCUGGUCAAAAUUACAAGGAGGUGACAGACCCAUGGGUAAUUGCUGCCUUAGAAGUAUUGAAUUGCUCCAAUAAAUCUUAUAUUUUGGUGUGGACAACAACUCCAUGGACCCUUCCUUCAAAUUUGGCAGUAUGUGUUAAUCCAAAUAUGAUUUAUGUUCGAGUCCGUGACAUUAAAUCUAAAAAAGUGGUAAUUUUAGCUGAAAGCAGAUUAGAAUACGUAUUUAAAUCUGCAACAAGUUAUGAAAUUCUUGAAAAAUUUGAAGGAAAAACAUUAGCUGGUGUGAAAUAUAAACCUUUAUUUCCAUACUUUAUUGAAAGAUCUGAAACAAUGGGAGCUUUUAGGGUACUAUUGGAUGAAUAUGUAACGGAAGACUCUGGUACUGGUUGUGUUCAUCAAGCUCCAUAUUUUGGAGAAGAUGAUUACCGUGUGUGUUUAGCUAAUGGUGUUAUAACAAAGAGUUGCAGUAUUGUUUGUCCAGUUGAUGACUCUGGACGAUUCACUGAAAAAGUUCCAGACUUCCAAGGACAGUACGUAAAAGACGCGGAUAAAAAUAUUAUGGCUAAAAUGAAAGAAAUGGAUACAUUAUUUUCUCAUGGCCAAGUUAGUCACAGCUAUCCAUUCUGUUGGAGGUCUGAUACGCCACUUAUAUAUAAAGCCGUUCCUUCAUGGUUUAUUCGCGUGGAACAUAUGUCAAAAAAUUUAUUGACUUGUAGUUCUCAAACCUAUUGGGUACCAGAAUUUGUAAAGGAAAAACGUUUUGGAAAUUGGUUAAAAGAAGCUAGAGAUUGGGCUGUUAGUAGAAAUCGAUACUGGGGAACUCCAAUACCUAUUUGGAUGUCACCAAAUGGUGAAGAGGUUGUUUGCAUUGGAAGUAUUGAAGAAUUAGAAAGACUAUCUGGACAAAAGAUAACUGAUUUACAUCGAGAAAGCAUUGAUCACAUUACGAUACCUUCAUCUGUUCCGGGUGGUGCCCCCUUGCGCCGUGUGAAGGAGGUAUUUGAUUGUUGGUUUGAAUCUGGUUCUAUGCCUUUUGCUCAGCAACAUUUUCCGUUUGAAAAUGAAAGAAAAUUUGUGAACUGUUUUCCUGCAGACUUUAUAGCGGAAGGAAUUGAUCAAACUCGUGGUUGGUUUUAUACGCUGCUAGUUAUUUCAACAGCUCUUUUUAACAAGCCGCCUUUUAAGAAUUUAAUUGCAAACGGCUUGGUGCUAGCUUCUGAUGGGCAAAAAAUGUCCAAACGUAAAAAGAAUUACCCCGAUCCCAUGGAUGUUGUGCAUAAAUACGGAGCUGAUGCUCUACGCUUGUAUUUGAUUAACUCCCCUGUCGUAAGAGCGGAAAAUUUGCGGUUUAAAGAAGAAGGAGUGAGAGAUGUUAUCAAAGAUGUUUUCCUACCUUGGUAUAAUGCGUAUAGGUUUCUAAUUCAAAACGUUGUCAGAUUAGAAAAUGAUGAAAAAAUUCAAUAUUUCUAUAAUCAAGAUCGUCAUCUUAAUGGUAUUAAAACGGCGCCUAUAAUGGAUGUUUGGAUAUUGUCAUUUAAAGAAUCUUUAGUUGAUUUUUUUGCUCAAGAAAUGAAAGCUUAUAGAUUAUAUACUGUAGUGCCAAGGCUUACAAGAUUUAUUGAUCAGCUCACCAACUGGUACGUGCGUUUAAAUCGUCGUCGCAUUAAGGGCGAAACUGGAAAAGAAGAAUGUAUUCAAUCAAUUGAUACUUUAUACGAUGUCCUUUUUUCGAUGGUCAAAAUGAUGGCCCCAUUUACUCCAUUUUUGUCCGAGUAUAUUUUUCAACGUCUCAAUUUGUUACAAGAAAAAACUUUAGAUGGAUCUGUACACUACCAAAUGAUGCCUAUUGUAAAUAAAACUUUCAUAAAAAGAGAUGUUGAAGUAGCUGUGCAACAUAUGCAAUCUGUUAUUGAGUUGGGACGUGUUAUGCGUGAUCGCAGAACUUUACCUGUAAAGUACCCAGUUCCAGAAGUCAUAGUUAUACAUAAAGAUGAAAAUUACCUCAAAGAAAUUCUUAAUUUAAAAGACUUUAUAAUUGGCGAAUUGAAUGUUCGUAAAUUAACUGUUAGUUCUGACAAAAACAAAUACGGCAUAACGUUGCGUGCCGAACCAGACCAUAAGAGCUUAGGACAACGUUUAAAAGGCGAUUUCAAAGCUGUAAUGGCUGCUAUUAAAAGUUUAACAGAUUCUGAAAUACAAAGAAGUCUUUCAAACAAGAAGUUUGAUAUAUUGGGGCAUGAAAUUGAUUUAGAAGAAGUCAGAAUAAUUUAUUGUAUAUCGGAAAAAUUGGGCGCUCAUUUUGAAGCUCAUAGUGACAACGAUGUUCUUGUUUUGAUGGAUAUGACCCCAAAUGAUGAGUUAAUUGAAGAGGGUUUAGCCCGUGAAAUUAUUAACCGCAUACAAAAAUUAAAAAAGAAAGCUAAAUUAAUUCCAACUGAUCCGGUUUUGGUAUUUUACUCAAUUAACCAGCAAGAUCAUGUAGUUAAAAAAGUAGCGGAAAAACACAAAGAUUUGAUUCAAGCUACGAUUAAAUCAUCAUUCUGUGAAUUCGAAGACAGUGCGGCAGAAAGAAAAAUUAUUAUAGAAGAAUCUUUUGAGCUGAAAGGAACCGAAUUACAAAUAUCUAUUCGGUCUCAUGAAGUACGCGUAAUGCCUUGUGUUCCAUGGACAAAUUUAGUUUUAGAUAAAAAUUUACCUCUACGAUUUUCAAAGUCACGAGAGGCUAGUUUAUUACUUCAAAAACCAAGUGGUGAGUUUUUAACAUUGGAUGAACUACAAAAUGAAAUAGUGAUUUUAUUUGGUUUAUAUGGUAUUAAAUUUUAUAUAAUGUCUGAUAAAACCGAGUUAAAAAAUAUAAAGUUAGCACAAGGUAAAACUUUAUUAGUGACAAAACAAAGCAGCAAUUAUAUUGGAGAUGCAAAGGAAUCUGCUGGAUAUCCAUUUUCUAAUUAUGUCAAUUGCGAAUUUGAUGGUAAAAAAUUCGUUAUUUUUUAUGAAAAUCCAGUAGGAAAAAACUUUGAAAAGGAAAAGCAUACACGAGAGAUGUUACAAUAUAUCUACCCCAAUUACAAAAGCAUUAAAGACGUCAAAAUGCAAUUUAAUUCUAUAAAAUGAAUCUACAUAUAAUAAAAUAUAAAAGAAGAGUAACAUCAGAUUGCAAACUAAAAAAUUUUCAUUUUGUAAUAUUUUGUAAAAGAAGAAAAAUAAUAAAUAAUGUUAUAAAAGCUUAGGUGCCAAUUGGCUAAAAUUUUACUAAUA